AAACCCGACGGGCUUUAAAUUUAGCUGCUACGGAAAUAAUGCAACGCAUGCUGUGUCUUCAGUUGCAUUUAUUAAACUUAAAGAAGGCAAUCAUGUGCUAGCAGCCGAGAGUGGGAUCUGCUGGCUGAGCAGAGUACGAGAAACUUCAGAGGAAUCACGACCCAGAUCGAUCAAAAUAAAAAAUCAACACUUUUGGUGUCCUCCUCCUGCAAGAUUUGCUUUUCUUUGGAUUUGGUCAUAUGGCCAAGACGAAUGGAUCGAACAGCAACACUGAGAUGCAGAAGUUCGCACCGUCAACGAGCCGUGCACCAGAAAACGAUGCAGAGAAGAGCUCUACCGUUAAUGGGGAAGAACAAAAAGCCUUGGAGAAAAGUAAGGGAGAGGAGAAAACCAGCAGAGUCCCAUUUCACAAGCUGUUCACCUUUGCAGAUUCCACAGACAUCUUCUUGAUGACUGCUGGUACAAUUGGUGCUGUUGGGAAUGGGUUGUGUUUGCCCCUCAUGACGAUACUUUUCGGGCAGUUGAUUGAUUCCUUUGGAGAAAACCAGCACAACAAGGACGUGGUUCGUGUUGUUUCAAAGGUGUCUUUGAAAUUUGUCUACUUAGCUAUGGGAGCAGCGGCAGCAGCAUUCUUGCAGGUUUCUUGCUGGAUGGUCACUGGGGAGAGACAGGCUGCAAGAAUUCGAAGUCUAUACUUGAAAACUAUAUUGAGACAGGACGUCGCUUUCUUCGAUAAGGAAACAAACACGGGGGAAGUUGUCGGAAGAAUGUCCGGAGAUACUGUUCUUAUACAAGAUGCCAUGGGUGAGAAGGUUGGGAAGUUCAUACAGCUUGUGUCGACAUUCUUAGGGGGCUUUGUAAUAGCAUUUGUCAAAGGGUGGCUUCUCACCCUUGUUAUGUUAUCCUCAAUUCCUCCUCUUGUAAUGGCUGGCUCGGUGAUGUCGAUCAUGAUUGCCAAGAUGGCAUCCCGUGGACAAAGCGCUUAUGCCAAAGCAGCAAAUGUGGUAGAACAGACUAUUGGAUCGAUCAGAACUGUGGCAUCAUUCACUGGGGAGAGGCGAGCUGUGGCAGAUUAUAACAAGUUUCUCGUAAAUGCUUACAGAACAGGCAUUCAAGAAGGUUUGGCUGCUGGAUUGGGUCUUGGUGUGUCUAUGUUCAUCAUUUUCUGCAGCUACAGCCUGGCUAUAUGGUUUGGUGCAAAGAUGAUACUGGAAAAAGGAUAUACGGGGGGUGAUGUGCUCAAUGUUAUUAUUGCUGUCCUAGCUGGUUCUAUGUCCUUAGGGCAGGCAUCUCCUUGCAUGAGUGCAUUUGCUGCGGGUCAAGCUGCCGCCUUCAAGAUGUUUGAAACAAUCAACAGGAAGCCAGAAAUAGAUGCUUAUGACACUAGGGGAAGAGUAUUGGAUGAUAUCCGUGGAGAUAUAGAGUUGAGAGAUGUCUAUUUUAGCUAUCCAGCUCGACCUGAUGAGCAAAUAUUUAGUGGGUUCUCUCUAUUCAUCCCCAGUGGCACAACUACAGCUUUGGUUGGACAGAGCGGGAGCGGGAAGUCAACAGUGGUUAGUCUGAUAGAGAGGUUUUAUGAUCCUCUAGCAGGUGAGGUUCUUAUAGAUGGUAUAAAUCUCAGGGAGUUUCAGCUGAAGUGGAUUAGGGAGAAAAUAGGUCUUGUAAGCCAGGAGCCUGUGUUGUUUGCAUCCAGCAUUAAGGAUAAUAUUUCCUACGGGAAGGAAGGUGCAACAAAUGAAGAAAUAAGAGCAGCCGCCGAGCUCGCAAAUGCUGCUAGAUUUAUUGAUAAACUUCCUCAGGGGCUAGACACAUUGGCUGGUGAGCAUGGUACUCAGCUGUCCGGUGGACAGAAGCAGAGAAUUGCCAUAGCAAGAGCAAUUCUGAAAGACCCUAGAAUUUUACUUCUGGAUGAAGCUACGAGUGCGCUUGAUGCAGAAUCUGAGAGAAUAGUGCAGGAAGCGUUGGACAGGAUUAUGGUUAAUCGAACCACUGUAAUUGUUGCCCAUCGUUUGAGCACGGUGAGGAAUGCAGAUACGAUUGCUGUCAUUCAUCGAGGAAAGAUGGUUGAAAAAGGUUCACAUUCUGAUCUGCUUAAUGAUCCUGAUGGAGCAUACUCUCAGCUUAUACGUUUGCAAGAAGUGAACAAGGAAUCAGAACAUGAAGCUGCCAACCAAGACAAGGCAGAAAUUACAGUGGAAUCUGGAAGACAGUCGAGCCAACGGAUGUCUUUACGAUCCAUAAGCCGGGGAUCAUCUGGACCAGGAAAUAGCAGCCGCCACUCACUGUCAGUCUCAUUUGGUCUGCCCACAGGAUUCAACAUCCCCGAAAAUGCAAUGGCAAAUCCAGAAGAAAAUUCCUCAGGAGCGGCAAAACCACCUCCAAAAGUCCCUCUUCGACGCCUUGCCUAUCUCAACAAGCCAGAGGUUCCUGUGUUGCUCCUGGGGGCUGUAUCUGCUGUUAUCAAUGGUGCAAUACUUCCGAUUUUUGGCAUAUUAAUUUCAAAUGUGAUCAAAAUAUUUUACGAGUCUCCGCAUGAGCUAAGGAAGAAAUCGAAGUUUUGGGCAGUAAUCUUCAUGGUUCUUGGCCUGGCAUCUCUCCUUGCAUUUCCAUCGCAAUCAUAUUUCUUCUCGGUGGCAGGUUGUAAGCUAAUAAAGCGUAUAAGGUCAAUAUGCUUUGAGAAGGUAGUUCACAUGGAGGUUGGUUGGUUCGAUGAGCCUGAGCAUUCAAGCGGGGCAAUUGGAGCAAGGCUAUCUGCAGAUGCAGCUUCCUUGCGUGCUUUGGUUGGGGAUGCGCUUGCUCAGCUAGUCCAAAACUCCACAUCAUUAAUUGCAGGUUUGGCCAUUGCAUUUGAAGCUAGUUGGCAGUUGGCACUUAUUAUCCUUGCUAUGAUUCCUCUUAUAGGAGUUAAUGGGUAUGUUCAAGUGAAGUUCAUGAAAGGGUUCAGUGCAGAUGCUAAGAUUAUGUAUGAGGAAGCAAGCCAAGUUGCAACGGAUGCAGUUGGGAGUAUUAGAACCGUUGCUUCCUUCUGUGCAGAAGAGAAGGUGAUGCAACUGUACAAAAAGAAAUGUGUAGGCCCUAUGAAAACCGGAAUUAGGCAGGGCUUGACAAGUGGGAUAGGGUUUGGGCUGUCUUUCUUCUUGCUCUUUGCUGUCUAUGCAGCCAGUUUCUAUGCAGGGGCUCAUCUAGUUGAGGAUGGAAAAACAACAUUCUCAAAAGUUUUCCAGGUUUUCUUUGCUUUGACCAUGGCAUCUUUUGCAAUUUCUCAAUCAAGCUCCUUAACCCCCGAUUCCGCCAAAGCCAAAACUGCUGCUGCUUCUAUAUUUAAAAUUCUAGACCGGAAGUCAGAAAUAGACCCGAGUGAUGACUCUGGGACAACAUUAGAAAGUGUGAAAGGAGAAAUUGAGCUUCAACAUAUAAGCUUUAGGUAUCCUACCAGACCAGAUAUUCAGAUUUUCCGAGACCUUAGUUUGAAAAUUCAAUCCGGCACGACGGUUGCUCUGGUUGGGGAAAGUGGGAGUGGAAAGUCUACGGUGAUCUCAUUGUUGCAGAGAUUUUACAAUCCCGAUUCGGGUCACAUAACACUAGAUGGAGUAGAAAUUCAAAAGCUCCAGCUGAAGUGGUUGAGGCUGCAAAUGGGUCUGGUUAGCCAAGAACCAGUUUUGUUCAAUCAAACGAUCAGGGACAACAUUGCAUAUGGAAAAGAAGGAAAUGCAACUGAGGCAGAAGUUUUGGGUGCAUCAGAGUUGGCAAAUGCCCACAAGUUCAUCAGUGCAUUACAACAGGGGUAUGACACAAUGGUAGGGGAGAGAGGAGUCCAGUUGUCUGGAGGUCAGAAGCAACGGGUAGCCAUUGCCCGUGCCAUAGUGAAGAACCCAAAGAUUUUACUCCUAGAUGAGGCUACAAGUGCACUCGAUGCAGAGUCGGAACGAGUGGUUCAAGAUGCACUGGACAGAGUCAUGGUGAGCCGAACCACAGUCGUGGUAGCUCACCGGUUAUCGACCAUCAAAGGUGCAGAUGUAAUUGCAGUGGUAAAAAAUGGAGUGAUUGUGGAGAAGGGGAAGCAUGAAACUCUCAUCAAUAUUAAAGAUGGUUUCUAUGCCUCCUUAGUAGCACUUCACAUGAGUGCUGCAUCUUAGGGCUUCUUUUCCCCUUUGUAUUCACAUUUCUAAAGUAGGGUUGUUGUGUACUUCCAUUGCCUCUUCCACUUGGGAAACAAUAAAAACCAAACUUGUUCCUUUGGA